UUUAGAUGUCAAAAAAUAAAUAAACAUUUUGCACUGUCUGAAAAUGAGUAUCAAUCCAAUUCUUUUGCAAAAAUCUAUAAAAGAUAAUGCAGCAGACCUGCAUGACUUUUCAAAAGACCUAAAAAGUUGGGGUGAAGAAAUGAAACGCAAGGAAGAAGCUUUGAAAAAUGAUAAGGCAUCUAUCAAUUCUAAAACUGUAAACAAAGAUUCCAAAAGCACUAAAAAGUUGAAACUUAAUGAGAAAUUGAAAAAACCAGCUACAAAACUUGGAGCUACAGACUAUGCAGCAUGGGAUAAAUUUGAUGCUGAUGCUGAGCUUGAGAGAUUAGAAGAAGAUAUUCCUGAUGACUCGGAUUUAACAGAUGAAUGCAAUGAAAAUAUGAUAGAUGAAUCUAUUGUAGAGAAAGAAAAGGGCAACCAAUUUGUUAAAAAUCAAAAGUGGGAAGAAGCUAUAAAAUGUUAUACAAAGGCUAUUAAAUGUUACUCAUAUGAUCCUAUAUUUUAUGCAAACAGGGCUCUUUGUUAUUUAAAAUUAAAUAAAUUUGAAGAAUGUGAGAAAGACUGUGACCUCUCCUUAAAAUUGGAUGACACGUAUGUUAAGGCAUAUCAAAGAAGGGCAGCAUCUAGAAUAAAACUUAGUAAAUUCGAACAUGCUGAAGUGGAUUUAAAGAAAGUACUGAUAUUAGAACCGAAAAACAAGGAAGCAAAAGCUGAAUUAGACAAACUCUCUAUACUUUUGAAAAGAAAUGUAGAUGUAGCUGAUCCAAGACCUAUCUCAAAAUUUACUGCAUCCAGGAACAAAUCAAAUAGCUCAACAAACUUAAAACCCUUUACGCCAAUUUAUAAACCUCCAAAGGAACAAGUGGUUAACGAGUUACCACAACAAAUAAUCGAUGAUAGUACACCUAUUCCACAAUGGGUCUCAGAUCCAGAAAUAAUUGAAGUGAAACCAAUUCAAAAACCUCCUCAUUUGAGAUCAAAAAAACCUCUUAAACGAAUAAAGAUAACUGAAAUUGGUGAUACUCACACAAAAAUUGAUGUGCCUAAACCAGUAAAUAAAGAAGCCGUUAAACAGCAUGUUUUAGAAAAGAAAGAAAAUGAUAACAAACAAGAGUCUAUUACUCCAAGACCAAUAUCAGCUUUUAAAAAAGAUAGGAAAGAAAAAUUCAUUCAACAGGCCGAUAAUUAUUUGAACGAAUCUCAAGAAUCUCCCAAUCAAAUAUCAUUAGAAUCUGCUAAAACUGCAGAAAAAAUUUUUAAUUCUGAAUCAAUAACGAAACCUGAACCUAAUUUACAUCACCUCAAGAUAGAAGAUCUGAAUGUAAUUGAAAAGAUCAAUCCCAUGAGUACAGCUAAAGAUGUUAAAAAUUCAGUUAAUGACACUAAAAAACUUAUAGAAAACAAUGAAAUAAACACAAGCUUCAAGUGUCCAAAAAAUGCUGUACAAUUUUAUAUGAGUUGGAAAAAUUUCAGAACCACCGAAGAGAGAUACACGUAUCUCAAGUUGAUUGAUUGCCAGGAUAUUCCUAAAAUAUUUUUAAAUUCUUUAGAUAGUGCUGUAUUUAGUAAUAUAUUAGAAGUUUUAGUCAAACAUUUUAUAGGGAAUAACGACAAAUUAUACGACAUUUUAAAUUCAUUUACCGAAGUAAAGAGGUUUAGUGCCAUAACUAUGUUCUUAAGUGGAGAGGAUAAAAGCAAUGUAUGGAAGUUAUUGGAUCACAUUAAAGAAUGUAAGGAACGAGAAAAAGACGACGUUGACAAAUUAAUAGCCAAAUACGAACUUUAAAUUAAUUUGCAGCACAACGCACCUUCACGAUGUUCUAAUUUAUGUAAAAAUUAUUUACGUGUGUAGCACGUUUCUCACUUUAUUUUAGGUUCUCUUUUUAUAUUUAUAAUAUGUUGAUAUAGUUGUAAAAAUUUAAAUAAAGUUAUA